UUUAUUUCCAAAGCUGUAACGACGCUGCAACACAAGGCCCCGGCGGUCACGGGAAAAUACGUGACGUACAGCCGUGCUGGGGACAUGCCGGACGUGACAGCAAGUCAUCGGACGUACCGACGUGCUGCGGUCAAGUUGGGCGUGGUGCCCCAGCGCGCGGUCAUCGGGCAGUUUGGUCGAGACUUCCUGACUUUCCGAGAUCUCGGUUUGACUCUGCGUGAGCUGAAAGCCACCUGCCUAGCCCUCAUGCACGAGCGACAGGCGCGCGGACUCGAUGUGUCCGGCAAUACCAUCGGAGCGCACGAAAGUGAAUACGUCAUUGCUGUGUUAACCCGCAUCAGCAUCCAGACCCUCGACGCGGGUAACAACUGUCUCACUGGAACAGGCUUGCGCCGCCUUUCAGACUUUGUCAGCAACGACAGCAACCUAACAUGGCUGAAUCUGUCAAAUAACAAGUUGACGGAUGGAGAUGCUCGUGCAAUAGCGGAUUUCUUGUUGAAAAACAACAGUCUUCGCGUCCUCGUCUUGAAUCACAACGAACUCAGAGAGUCGGGUGGACGGACAGUUGGCGCUGCAAUCGGGAAGAAUCGAAGUUUGCAAGAGCUGGAACUGCGAUGGAACCAUAUCAGACGCAUUGGCGCUAUUUGCGUGGCCAAAGGUCUGGAGGUCAACCAGUCACUCCAGAGAGUGGACCUGGCAUGGAACGGCUUUGGGUUUGAGGGUUGUGUGGCUCUGGGCGACGCUCUGGCACGGAACCAUGUGAUGCGGGAACUGGAUCUCACGUGCAAUAGGAUUCAUCCACCUGCCCUUCUAGAGCUCGUCAGAGGCCUCGUACUCAACAAGACCCUCCGUGUGCUAAAGAUUGGAAACAAUCCGAUCACCGCCUCGUUCACGAGUGUCUUGAUGAAUUCGAUACAUGCCCACCCGACUGUCGCCCUUGAACUUCUCGACAUGGAGGGAGUUGUUGUCGAUCGCGAUUUUCAAGCCAUCUUGGACGACGUGCGAAAGACUCGACAUCUGCAGGUAAACUAUGACAUCAUCCUCCCCGUGAAGUCCCUCAGUCGUGAAGAGAUGCUGAGGAGGAUUCAGGCGCCAGGAGCCUACAAUCUGGACCCCCUGCACAUGUUUUAUCUUCUCAAGGAGAAGAUGCGAGCGUCGGACUUCUUCCACAAAAUCAACAAAGAUAACAACGAAGGUGUUUGUCGCGAAGAGCUCAACCUUCUCUUCCAGGAAGCUGGCAUUCCGGUUACAGGGAGCGUGAUAGACAAAAUUAUAAGCUUCAUGGAUACGAACGGGGAUGGCACCAUCGACAUUUCGGAGUUCAUGACAGGUGACAAGAAAAUGAAACGGCUCUCACGAAACCACGCAAAAAACUCAAAGGCUGAACGCAAGCAAAGGGGAGAGAAUUUUACCAGAUACUCUCGAUCUUUCAAACAAGCGCACGUCGAUCCCGUCACGCUUGCCGUCAAGGUGGAUGACUCUGCAACACAGCUUCCGUCUGUCGGCAGUCCUGAAGACGGGUCAAGGCCAGCUGAGAAUAAUUGAGCAGGGGAAGUCAUUGGAUGUCAACAGAUUUACCUGUUAUUUAUUUAUCUUCUUCAUUUUGUUUGUAUUAUUAUUACAAUCAAAUCUUUUAUUUUCUGGCAUCUACGUCCAAAAUAAAAGGGAAGAAUCCUAAAUUGCAGAUAUAGUACUUCUCAUGCUUUCUUAAAAAAUCAAGCUUUUUAAAGGGUUGUUUUUCUUUUGUUUUGUUUUUCUGGAAGAGAAAACAGUUUUGUUUUGAAGGGGUUUUAUGCCUUAAUGGUUUGCUUUUCAUUUUGGUGGGUUGUUUUUGCUGUUUUUUGUGGAAUUUUUUUCUCGUCACGAUUGAGCCGAGAUGAAUGUUGACAUCCAAGGACUGCCACUGGCAAGUUAAUAUCCACUUUUACCUUUUCUCAUCGACAUCGUCAUGACCCGGAGGGCGGAGGGAACGGGGACCUUUCCAGAAGGUGUAGCUGAUAGCUGUGGACAGCAGCGCUUGAUGAAAAUUGUUAUGGCUGAAAGCUUCAGAUCCACUGUAAUCUAAACUGAUGUUGAUGGCCCAGGGAGGAAUUGCCCCGCAGAGAGCACACAACUCUUAACAGUGGUAGUUAUUUACAACAUAUUUAAACCGAGAUAAUGCCACGUGAACGGUUGUAUCAACAUGUACAUACAUGUAUUUAUACAUGACGUUACGGACUAUGCUUUUCGAUGGAAAGCUUAAUUUCCUUAAAAAGAAACUAAACCGUAUUCCCUGCCUUAAUCAUAACAAAUAAAUAUCCUUUUCAUGCAGUAUUAUAUUUCUUAUGAACGGUGUUCGGGCAUUUGAUUAGGGUUUUUUGUUCUUGCAUUGGGCCGUGGUGUGGAAUGAAUGCAAGCAAAGACUGAGGUGGUGGCGCUGCUGGUUAGGUCACAUGGCAGGUUACGAUGACUGUAAGCGAGUACGAAUUAAGGCCCUUGAAAAAUGUGAUGACACACUAUAAUAAAAGG